AUGGCUGGAUUUAUCGCUUCUUUUGCCAACCCCUUGAACUAUAUUGGCGGAGCCAGUUUCAACCCUGACCAAGAUCUCCCCGAUCUAUCUGGAAAAGUAUUUCUAGUGACAGGAGGCAAUGCCGGUCUUGGCAGGGAGACAAUCUUACAGCUGGCAAAACACCAUCCAAGCAAAAUUUUUAUGGGUGCUCGUUCGAAAUCCAAAGCAGCGCAGGCCAUUCAAUUUAUCAAAUCCUCUAUUCCAAACAAUGUAGAAAUUAUUUGGCUUCCCUUAGAAUUGACGUCUAUGAAGUCGAUUCAAGACGCUGCAGAGAUUGUCAACACCCAGUCUCAAAGACUUGACGUCCUGGUUCUCAAUGCCGGUGUUAUGUCUUUGCCCCCUGGCGAAACAGAAAUGGGUCACGAAAUUCAGCUUGGAACAAAUCACACCGGUCACUUUUUAUUGUGCAAACUUUUGUUACCCAUUAUGUUGAGAACGGCCGAAAAUGUCGCAUCCGAUGUUCGUGUUGUGUCACUCUCAUCGGUGGGACACAAUCUUGCACCCUCGUUUGAUACGCUGCUAGAUCAAGAUAAACUCAAAAAGGUCAACACCAAUGCUCGAUAUGGCGCAUCAAAAGCGGCAAAUAUUCUGUUUGCUGCCGAGCUUAGUCGGCGAUAUCCAUCGAUCACAUCGGUAUCUGUUCACCCAGGCAUCAUCUUAACAGAUCUGUAUGAUUCCCUAAACCAGCGCUCUGCUAUUAUUGCCUUAGGAUCAAAAUCGUUGCGAUUCUUUGGAUCAUCAAUCUCUGAAGGAGCACUGAACCAAUUAUGGGCUUCUGCCGGUGCGAGAAAGGAUGAACUUGUCAAUGGAGGAUAUUAUAUACCUGUCGGACACUUAAAACCACACAACAAGUAUACACAGAACAGGGAAAUGGGACAGCGUCUAUGGGAGUGGACUGAGUCUGAACUGCGGAGAUGUGGGCUGUCAUAUAUUACAGAAUGCUGA